AUGGCGAUCGUAUCUAUAAUACACCUAAACGAUCAUUUAUUAUAUNGUCCGAAAGGAGUGGAAAAUUACAAGAUAAAUCUGCAAAUUAUAGCCAGGAAAUUUCGUGAAAUUCUUCCAGAAGAUUGCUUAGUUAUCUGGUUAACCACAUUACCGAUAUCGCAAGAUGUGAAAGGAGGAUUUCUAGUGCCAGAGUUGGAAUUCCUGAAGUUUUCACUUAGAUUUCAUGUAAUGGAAGCCAACAUAUACGCUCGAAAGGUAUUCAACAAGUAUGGUUUGGACAUAUUAGAUCUUCAUUAUCGUUUACAAAUGCAUAUACAUCAGAGGAAAAAGGACGGAAUUCAUUGGGAAGCUAAAGCAGUUAGACACAUGACCAAUUCUAUUCUAACGCACAUUUCUUUAGCUUGGAAUGUAAAGUUGCCUUCUAUAUUUAACAAGCACAUGAACGUAAAAGAUGAAAGGAACUUAGAAGAAAAGGAUAAUAAGAAAAACACUAUAGAAUAUAAUAUAAUAAGUAAGUACAAAAUUGACAGAAGAAAGAUUCCUGAUAACAAUUAACAUGGAAUUUUGAUUAAGAAUUUUUCAUAUUUGACUUGAAGUAUCAUUACAAUAUUUAACGUAAACUGUCUAAUAAUUU